AUGGCCAUGCUGGCUCGCAAGAUGCAGGGGAAGGAGCAGGCCAUUAAGGAAUAUCUGGUGUUAAUAUAUUUAUCUCUUUGUCUUGCAGACGAUGUCUUACUCAAGAGGAUCAAGGUAUGGAUCUCGCUCACCUUACCGAGAAGCAGCUAUUCAAGGUACAGAAGUCGCUCUAGGAGUGUGGACUCAAGUGAUGCUGAAAACCCUGGGAACAACCUGUAUGUGACUGGUUUGUCAGCUCGUGUAACGGAUCGAGAUCUGGAGAAGCACUUUUCCACCGAGGGAGAGGUGAUUGAUGCAAGCAUUGUGCAUGAUCCUUGGACAAGGGAAUCACGGGGGUUUGGUUUUGUUACCAUGGCUACUGUUAAGGAGGCAGAUCGCUGCAUCAAAUAUCUGGACCGUUCUGUGUUGGAAGGUCGGGUCAUAACUGUUGAGAAGAUUGUAGAUAAUUACUUUCUUGCUUUUGGUAUCAAAGACACUUUCUUAUCUGGUCCCCUAUUACACAGGCAAAGAGAAGACGAGGUAGAACCCCAACACCUGGGAAGUAUCUUGGCACAAAAUCAUCACGUGGACGGAGGUACUCCCCAAGCUACUCACCUGUUAGAAGGGACCGUUACAGUUCCCGCUACUCGCCUGAUCGGAGGGACCGUUACAGUUCCCGCUACUCACCUGAUCGUGACCUGUCUUAUUCUCCUUAUGGUAGAGGCUGGUCAUACUCUCCAUAUGACAGAAGGCGAUCAUACUCUCCUAACGGCAGGCAUGGAUCAUAUUCCCCCUACGAUCGGCGGCGAUCACACUCACCUUACUACAGAAGCCGGUAUCGUUCAAGGUCUCCAUACUGCUACAGAAGACGGAGGCCACCUUCUGUUUCGCCAUACUACAGCCGGCGCUGGUAUAGAUCCGUCUCCAAGUCACCCAGUGUUUCUCCAAGGGCCAGAGGGCGGAGCUAUUCCCGCAGUUUAUCACCACAGAGAAGCUACUCUCGCAGCCAUUCCCCAGAACCGGAGAGAUCAACGAGCUACUCUCCUAAGAAAGGGAGUAGAAGGGAACCCUCACGUAGCAGAUAUUCUGGCAAGAGGCGUCAUUCAAGGGAAAGCUACUCUCAUAGCCGCAGUUCGUACUCCAGGUCUAUGUCUAGGGAGCGCUCGGCUUGAUCUGCGAGGCGUAUCGUCCUAG